AUGUUUAAGCAAUUAUGGUGGGCAACAACUAUGCAGUCUCCACAGAUACUGGUUGCUGCCUCGUAUGCUGCAAGAUCUGGCGAUUUGCGAAUCAAAGCAAACCGCGUGAUUCUGUGUGGAUUGGCUGAGACAGGCGAUGUGACCCGUCGGUUCAUCCUCCACGAAUCUCGUCUCCAGUUGCCUGAUGGAACAAUUCCAUUCGAAGGAUUUCUGCCAUUCCAGAGUGACGGUGGACCUGCACUGGAGGACCCACGCUCGCCUGCUAUCAAAAUCAUCGAAACAAUGGGCGAGUACGAUCUCUUCUCCCACGCAUCCCUCUACAGAGAGCAAGAUGACCGAUUGACCUACCCCCACCGCCGCGAGGAUAGCCACAGCUACCGCUUGUACGAGGUCCCCGGUCUGCCGGCCCGCAAUGCUACUUACAUUACCAGGGCGGAAAUCACUAAUAUGGCUCCUGGUGCCUACAAGGCCGGCGAAUGGAGCAGCUUCUGCAGCUCCUACAUUUACCAUGCCAUCUUCGAAGCCAUGGAUAAAUGGAUCACCACGAACGUCGCACCCGUGCCGGGUGCUGUGAUGGCCACUACGGAGCGUGGAGAUUUUAUUCAGGAUAUGCACGGAAACACCAUUGGAGGGAUUCGGACUGUGCACUCGGAGGCUCCCACGUCGAAGCUGGUUGAUGUCAAGAUGAACAGCCGGCGUACAUGGUUCAGUGGAUCGGAGCGCCCAUUUAAUAAGGCAAAGAUGAAGGCAAACUACAGAAAUAUUGCCAAUUAUCGCAAGUUGGCCACUGAGGCUAUCCAAGCUCAGCUUCGAGUCGGAUUCUUGCUGGAGGAUGACCGUGAAAUCCUGCACCGUGAUACUGUUGAGAAUGUUGUCUUCUAA